AUUCGUUUCGGCAACACUUCCUCUACGAGAAGGAACUCAAAUUUAAGUUCACCAGCCAUGCUCAACUCUUUGGCCAAGAGAAUUGUGCUUAUGCCCAGCCUUAUAGCACUGGAGGAUACUUGUCGAACUAUUCACGUUACCGCCCUAAUGGCGAGGAUGGGAAAGGAUUUCUGUCCCGUGAGUGAGGUUCCCGACUGCAAAGUGGUGAAGAAGCGACCGUGCAGUCCCACGGAUCCACCUGUUCGUCCUUGCAGCGAGGAGGGCUGCACCCAGCCGCGAUACUCAUGUUGCGUGAGUACCGGCAUUUCGGCGAAUCCAUGCGCUGAUCCAAGCAAGAAGACCAAGUUCGUUUCGAUGUGGAAGAGAUACAAGGAUGAUGGUAGUAAUCGGCCAGAAGCUAUGUGGCACUACCCGGAGGAGUGCUGUCCAAAGUGUGAGGAUACGCGAUUUGACGUUUUGUACUAUACACCGUCGGACAAGUGCCGGGAGUUCCAGCGCACCUGGUGGGAAUGCUGUCCAAAAAUGGUACCGAAGCGGGUCUGCUGCUGGUGCGACGCCAUUCCACCGGAGGUCCUGCGGCGAGAUUUGCCCAUCUGCCCGCGAUCCGCUUGUCUCGCAGAACAUGAGAGGAAGCGCUAUAAGUGCCUAAACAAAAGGUACAAAGGUUGCAUGCGUAUCCGUAUGCCGUGUUGUCGAACCGCUCGAAUACCGCCCGACUGCAGGGCAUUCCCCGGUCCUUCCGAUUGCGAGAAGAUCAAGUGCCCGUUCCCGAGUUACUCCGAAUGCGUUCAGGAGGAUCCCGCUGUUAUCCCAACCCGGCCACCAGAGUGUGAGUGCUUGAAAAAGGCGUCUCAGUGCGAGCAGAUCCGACGAGGACGGCACAUGGAAAACAACGACAUAAGCAUCUGGCCGUGUACUUCCAGGGGAAGAUGAAGACCGUAUCCCAGGGUUAUAGUAACUGGGGUCUUCGCUGGAAUUUUUGUAACACAAAAUGUAACAAAAAUUCCAACAGAGACCAAAGUCCUGAACGGCAAGCCCUUCACCAGAAAUCAUAAACCUUUAUAAACUCUUUUUAUAUUUAUGAUUUCUGGUGGUGUUGGGUAUCCCUGUGGAAUCCCCAUCCCAGCAACCCAACUGAAAAUCUGUCAGUUGAGGUACAUCUAAUAUCUCAUUCAAUUGGCAUCCGGCACCCUGUUUAAAAUUCAAAAUUCUAGGCCUCGUUCAAAAUUAAAACAUGCCUCGCCUCUCGGUUUUCUGCGGAUUAUCGCGUAGAAUCAUCUGCUCCAGCACUGCUCACCGAAACCUUUGGCGACUGUUGUCCGACAGUUCGGAGUCGACCAUUAUCCCACACGUUUCGGACAAAACGGAAAGUGUGAAGAAAUUCAAAAAGGAAACGCAGGUGGAUCACACAAGUCACCUAUUUGUAUGGCCGGAGGCGAAGGACGAAAACGUUCAUCAUGUGAAAGAGAACAAAGAGGAUAGCAAUGACGAUAUAACUGCAUCCUGGGGCUGGAAAAAUGACGAGCUUGACGUGGAGCAAUUGGCAGGACUACCAAGUCCUAAUGAGGUGGAGGAUCCAUACCGGCAGCCAAACAAUGAAUCUCAGGAUGAUCAGUUGCCAUUCGCUGAAGGAGACCAAUCAGGAAUUCAAGAAGAAUUACAAUUCGCAAGAACGCGCUCCCUGCGAGAACAGCUUGUCAAGAAUCAGGCGUCCCAAGAACCUUUUACCAGCUUUGAGAAAACAUCUCUCACAUCCGUUCGAAGGAAUGUGGACUUCAUGAUGCAAGAGCUUAGUCAGAUUUCACUUAUUUUGAAUACUAUGGGAGGAGGUGAAAAAACAAUGGGGAUGGUUAACUCUGAACCGGAUGUGGCUUCCUUUGCACUCAACCAACCCAAAAUCAGUGAAAGUUUGAAUCAUGAGGAGGAAUCAAAUCAGUCAGUGGAUAGAGCUAGUUCCCAUCAAUCUGAGCUAGGUGUUGCAGAUUCUAUGCAUUCGGAGGUAGCCAGUGCGCUCUCAGAACCAUCUGGAUUGGGUGAUGUAGAGAGCCUAGAUCAUAGCGAGAUUUCGAACCAGUCUUUUGAUUCCGAACUAACGAGGGAUAUCACCGAUCAACUUAAAUUGGAUCACGAGAUGGAAGCAAAUCAGUCUUUGGAUUCUGAGUUAACCGGUGAAAUAACUAAUCAAUCUAGUUCGGUAGUUUCAGAGUCUUCGAUUUCCGAUGAGGACUUCGGGGAGGAGCUAAUAAAACAAUCUCACAAAAUCGAGCAAAUUGCGUCUGCUGGCGAUACUCAAGAGUCCAGUCCUUCAAAAACCAAUGAGAAUACUCCCAAGACUGAUGACACGCAGGACACUCAGCCUAAGGAAACCAUACACACCUACAGGCCCUUUAGGACUAUCGAAGUUCCUGCCAAGAAGCCUACUAGUAGCCUUAGCACCGAGUCAAUUGAAGAGCAGCCGUUGAACCAGGAACCCCAAUUCGGCACAGGUAUCCAUUUAGAUAGAGAACGGUACAAAGUUUCUGCUCAGCUGACCGAGUCCGAGUCCCGCUUACUUAUGCGCAUGGCUCUGAAGCAGGCUUUAAUCGAUCUGGAGUCUGGCCAAAGCAAGUACAAAGCAACAAUUCUGGAGGCUGAAACCGAGUAAUACAAGAGCACCAAUGACCAAAGAAAUAAACAUAACCUUUAAAACUU